AUUACUUCGUAUCUAUCUAUGGCGUUUGGCUGAUAUUCAAGUCUGAAUUGGCACAGGAAUUAGGGUUUGUACUGGGAAUUAGCUUUCACCGUCGUCGUCGCCGUUGUCGUUGUCGUCGGCAGCCCCUCAUCUCCAGCUUAAAAAAAUGGCCUCUGCCAAGACGAAAGCACAAGCGAAGAAAUCUGCAGCAGCAGAAGAUGAAGGCAUGGAUCCCACGCAAUAUUACGAGAAUAGACUGAGGAGCCUUGCAACUCAGAAAGAAGUUGGGAUUAAUCCAUAUCCUCACAAGUUUGAAGCGAAAUCAACGAUCCCUGAAUAUGUAAAGAGAUAUGAAAGUUUAAAUAGUGGCGAUCAUCUUGAGGAUGUUGAAGAAUGGAUAGCUGGACGGCUUAUGAACAAGAGAUCGUCAUCGUCGAAGCUGUUUUUUUAUGAUCUGCACAGUGGUGGUGCAAAAGUGCAGGUUAUGGCUGACGCAAGGAAAUCGGAUCUGACCGAAGAAGAAUUUACUAAAUUUCAUUCUUCUGUGAAGCGAGGAGAUAUUGUUGGGAUCAUCGGGUUCCCAGGAAAAAGUAAAAGGGGAGAGCUUAGUAUUUUUCCAAAGACCUUUAUAGUGCUUUCCCACUGCCUUCACAUGAUGCCACGUCAAAAAAUUGCUCCCGGAGCAGACAAUGCUAAAAUAACUGAUGUUUGGGCUCCAGGAAGUGGGAGGAAUUUGGAUUCUUAUAUAUUGAAGGAUCAGGAAACACGCUAUAGACAACGAUAUUUGGAUUUAAUGCUGAACUCAGAGGUUCGAGAGAUAUUCAAGACGAGGUCAAAGAUUAUUUCUUACGUAAGACAAUUUCUCGAUAGGCGAGACUUUCUGGAGGUUGAAACACCCAUGAUGAACAUGAUUGCGGGGGGAGCUGCUGCUCGGCCUUUUGUGACUCAUCACAAUGAAUUGAAUAUGAGACUAUACAUGCGCAUUGCUCCGGAACUAUAUCUCAAGGAAUUGGUUGUUGGCGGCUUAGACCGUGUUUAUGAAAUUGGGAAACAGUUUAGGAAUGAGGGAAUUGACCUGACUCACAAUCCUGAGUUUACGACUUGUGAAUUCUAUAUGGCCUUUGCAGAUUACAACGACCUGAUGAAACUGACUGAAGACAUGCUUAGUGGAAUGGUGAAAGAACUCACAGGUGGCUAUAAAAUUAAAUACCAUGCCAAUGGGGCCGACCACGAUCCAAUUGAGAUCGACUUCACUCCUCCAUUCAGACGGAUUGAUAUGAUUGACGAAUUGGAGAAGAUUGCAAAUCUUAGUAUACCUAAGGAUCUAUCGAGUCAGGAAACCAAUAAAUAUCUGGUGGAUGCAUGUUCGAAAUUCGAUAUCAAAUGCCCACCUCCUCAAACAACUGCUAGAUUGUUAGAUAAACUCGUUGGACACUUUCUCGAGGAUACGUGUACGAAUCCUGCCUUUAUCAUCAAUCAUCCGGAGAUAAUGAGUCCGCUGGCCAAGUGGCAUAGAUCGAAACCGGGCUUGACUGAACGAUUCGAGUUGUUCAUCAACAAGCACGAACUUUGCAAUGCCUACACAGAGUUAAAUGAUCCUGUCGUGCAACGACAACGGUUUGCUGACCAACUCAAGGAUCGGCAAUCUGGCGAUGACGAAGCAAUGGCCUUAGAUGAAACAUUCUGCACAGCGCUGGAGUAUGGAUUGCCUCCAACGGGAGGUUGGGGACUGGGCAUUGAUCGGCUCGCAAUGUUGCUGACCGAUUCACAGAACAUAAAGGAAGUUCUUCUCUUCCCUGCAAUGAAACCUCAAGAAGAACCCUCGAACAAAGAAAGCAACAAAAAGGGUCACGACGAACCUCCCUCCAAAGCUGCAGCUUGAAAAAAGACCCGCCAAUCGAGGCCGGGCGAUAAAUUGUGUGUCACUUUACCUCUUCCCAGUUCCCUACAUUUGCUUACAAUUUUUUUGCCAGUGUUCAUUCAUCCAUACACGAGUAGCAAUUUUUGGAUUCCUAAAGUCAUAUAAGAAUAGUUUGUGUUUCAAUAUAAAAUAUCAUCUCCUGUCAAUAUAUAUACAUACAUCAAGGAGAUGACAAAAGACAGACUGUAUGGCUGUAUAUGGGCAUGCAUUAGUUAUUGAUCCGGUCAAAUCAGUACUAUAUAUUUAUACAUAUUUUAGCAUACAUAUAAUAUAAAAUAUAUUAUAUUAUAUUUCAACAUAUGCUAUCUUAUUAUAAUACAACAUAUGCAUAAAUAUAUAUUGAUCUCCUUUAUAUCAGAUGUUGAUCGAAUCAAAUCAGCACUAUGCUGAUUUGAUCGGAUCAGCACAAAAUUUGCAGCCAGGUGUAUAGAUACAUAACAUAUAUAUACAUAUAUAUAUAUAUACGUAUAUCUAUUUGUCAGGAAGCAAAAUAGGAAGAUCUCUUCAGCAAACUGAACUAGAUGCAGUGGAGCUGCUUAACCACACAUCAGUUACAGCAUUAGGUGAUGACUGAAACUUCUUAUUCUUCAGCAAUACACAGUCAUCUGUUUCAGGUGAAGCACUGUUCAUCCUGCCGACAUCCGAAGAACCGUCGUCUCGGCGGUGUUGUUCCUUCUGGAAGCCGCAGGACAGGUCCUCGCCCCGAAUCUCCUUUAGAGUGUUCGAAACCUCAUCCAUCGACGGCCGAAGAUCCUUUUCCUGCUGCAGACACUGAAAAGCCAACUCGGCUACCGAAACAGCCAUUCUCGUAAUCUCAGCAUCCGAGUUGUACCCGAGGGAAGCGUCGAUGAUGGCGUCGAACGCGCGCAUUUGAAUCUUGUUCACAGCCAGGUUCGCCAGGUUGAUCUCGUGCCGAUCUCUGCUAAUAUCGACGGCCGGCAUCGACGACAGGAGCUCCAUCAGGACGACACCAAAGCUGUAAACGUCGCUCUUGUCGGUCAGCUGGUAGCACUGGUAAUACUCGGGGUCGACGUAACCGGGAGUACCCUGCGGAGCCGUCGAUAUGUGGGUCACAUCAGUCGGGAACAGCCUCGACAACCCGAAAUCGGCGACCUUUACACAGUAGUUGCUGUCGAGUAAUAUGUUGUCCGUUUUUACGUCGCGGUGGACAAUGUCUGAUUUGUGUAGGUACGCCAACGCAUCGGCAGUUUCGAUCGCGACCUUCAUCCGAACGGCCCAUGUCAAGGAUGUCUUCGUCUUGGUCCCGUCGCCGUGGAGAUGAUCUGCGACCGUUCCGUUGGGGAUGUACUCGUAGACAAGGAGGAGUUCUUUGCUUCUCGUCGAAGUGCAGCCGUAUAACGACACCAGAUUCCGGUGCCUCAAGGAGAUGCAUGCCGGUGAAGGGUGGGUUCUUACCGUAAUACACGGUUCCGAAGCCUCCGUCGCCGAGCUCGUUGGACGGGUUGAAGUUAUCGGUGGCGAUUUUGAGGUCGGCGUAGGAGAAAACCGGGAUACCGAAGUAGGUGCCCCCUCCUUCGAGGUCGGGUUUCGAUAUGUUUCUUGAGAGAAGAUAUGAUCUCUUGAUCCUAUCCUUGUGUUGCCAGAUUAUCACGGAGAUCAGCAGGAAUACGAGGAGGAGGACGACGCAUCCCACGCUAGCUGCCAACCGACGAAUUAAAUCGAAUCAAAAUCACAACAAAUUGUUAAACAGAGGCCUAACACAAUAUCAUCAAGAGCAAUCACAAUCAAUCUAAACACAGGUAAGCCAAGUAAGAUAAAAUUCAUUGAAGAUUUUAAGAACAAGAUAUUACUUCGUUUGCAGCUCCUAGAAUGCGGCCUGUCGGGACAGAAGCACUUGAAGAGGAAAGUAGUCUCGUUGAAUCCACAACGGCCACCGCUGCUUUCGCAAUCGCUGCAAUCACUAGCCAUCCAGUUCAUCACAAAACCCCCGCCCAAAACACUUUGAAGAUCUCGAAGAUUGGCUAUGGCACCUGAGACAUUCACUGGUCUCUCCACCUUAACCGUUACCGUCUUGUUGCAACUUCUACUUGCAAUUGAAGAAUCUCCAUUCUCUUCAAACAAUGGCAGAACAGUACUAUUCUCUGUAUCAUUUGAUCCACAAAAAAGCCUGCGGUUCGAAAGAUUUUCAGGCAAUGAAUCACUGCAAUUGUAGAAUAAAUGGAGCUUCGUCACAUUUGGUGCAUAAUCAAACCCCUUGGGGAGACUCGUGUUCUUCAAUCCUGAAUAACAUCCAUUUGCUUCGUAAUUCGGCAGAGAUAAAGGAUAAACUCGAAGAGAUCGAGUGUGAUAAGAAA